AUGGGACAAGGACCCUCGAGCCCUAAGCCAGGCUCCCCUCUCUUUAUUGUCUUACGGGACUUCAAACAAUAUCGGCGUAUAGCAGAAGGUUACGGGUUUCAGGUUACUAAAAAGAAAUUAGCUCUCCUUUGCCAACAGGAAUGGCCCACCUUCGAGGUAGGCUGGCCCCCAGGGGGUACGUUUGACGUCUCGGUGGCCGGCCGGGUCAGGGGAAUUGUCUAUGGUAUACCUGGCCACCCCGAUCAGGUCCCCUAUAUCACCGCCUGGAUUGAUUUCAAACCCCCUUCGGGACCACUACAGGUCCAGGCCCUUUCAAAACUAAGACCAGGAACGGAAUCAAAGACGACCUUUAGCCGCAAGCCUCCCGAAAGUCCUAAGGUCGUCACACAGCUUUCUCCUGUCUUACCACCCCCUGAUUCUGACCCCUUAGAUCCAGCUGAGUACUCCCAGUCCCAGGUUUCAGAUCCACCCCCGUACCCAACCUCAGGGUCUCUGAGCCCCUCAGCCCCUCCUCUGAUAAGUCCACCCCAUACUCGAGCAGAGACUGUCUUUUAUACUCAUCAGCCCACCUGGGAUGACCGCCAGCAGCUCCUCCGGGUUCUUUUCGCAACCGAGGAGCGUGACAGGAUUCUUUUAGAAGCCAGGAAGGGAGUUCUGGACCCAGAUGGACAUCCCUCUACUGACCUGGGGUGCCACAACCACAUCUUCCCCGAGAACCGGCCCGACUGGGACCCCAACACUGAUCGCGGUAGGGAAGCACUGGACAGGUAUCACCAGUUGUUGCUGGGAGGGUUACGGGCAGCAGCACGGAAGCCAACUAAUAUGUCCAAAGUCAGUGAGGUUAGACAGGGCAAGAAUGAGUCCCCAGCUGCAUACUUAGAGCGCCUCUACGAGGCAUAUCGAACCUACACCCCUAUCGACCCAGAGGAUCCCAAUAACCGGAGAGCCAUCGUAAUUGAUUUCGUAGCCAAUUCAGCUCCUGACAUCCGUCGGAAGCUACAGAAACUUGAAGGUUUUGAGGGUAAAAAUCUGACUGAACUCAUGGAAGUGGCCAAGCGGGUGGUUGACUAUCGUGAAGAGACUCAAGACAAGCAAACUCGCACGGUCGCAAGGGCGGUAGUGGCAGCUUUAGCACAGGUUCCAGGGGAGGCUCAGAAGCAAGGGUGGAAAGGAAGGCGGGAAGGGCCAAACGCUGGGCGCCCCUAUAAGGUCGACUCUGGAGCUGCGGCAUCGGUCCUGAAAUCCCCACUGGGCUCCCUCUCAUCAUCCACUGUGCAGGUCCAGGGAGCUACUGGACGAAAACAGUCUGUACCCCUCACCACUUCUCGGGAAGUCCGGUUAGGGAAGGGCCUAGUCUCCCAUUCUUUUCUAGUAAUGCCUGAUUGCCCUUACCCCUUGCUUGGCCGAGAUCUCCUACACAAGCUGCAGGCUAUCAUUUCCUUUAAGGGACCUAACCCCACUCUCGGGUUUAACCUGCCACAACUUGUUCUCACCUGCCCAUUGUCGGAGGAGUCUCGCCUCCUCCCCCUAACGUUUUCCCCAGACCGCCCCUCGACCACCUCCACCCCUACUUCCCUAACUCUGUUGAACCAUUUCAAAGGCUUGGUUCCUGGAGUCUGGGCUGAGACCAACCCGUUUGGUCUAGCAGGACACCAGCCCCCAGUGGUGGUCCAGCUCUCGUCCACAGCAACCCCUGCGCGUGUCCAACAAUACCCGUUGACUCGAGCUGCCCUUUUGGGCAUCAAGCCUCACAUCGAUCGACUCUUGGCGGCAGGCAUUCUACGACCCUGCCAGAGCUCGUGGAACACCCCCCUACUUCCAGUUCGCAAGCCCGGGUCUGGAGACUUCCGUCCUGUCCAGGAUCUACGAGAAGUCAACGCCCGGGUGGAAACUGUACAUCCUACUGUGCCAAACCCGUACACGUUGCUGUCUUCCCUGGACCCUGCUCGGACUUGGUAUACUGUUUUGGACCUGAAGGAUGCUUUCUUUUCUAUUCCCUUGGCACCAGUAAGCCAACCUAUAUUCGCUUUUACUUGGACAGAUCCUAACACUGGGACAUCCUCUCAGCUCACCUGAACCCGGCUUCCCCAAGGUUUUAAGAAUUCCCCUACACUUUUUGGCUCAGCUCUGGCCUCCGACCUGGCCGCCUUCUGGGUCUCGUAUCCGGAGGUCACUCUCCUCCAGUAUGUUGAUGACCUUUUGUUAGCUACUUCCUCUGAGGCAAUAUGCAAAGAUGCAACUCUCCACCUUCUCCAGCUGCUUGAAGCUUCCGGGUACCGUAUCUCUGGAAAGAAAGCACAACUGUGCUCUCAAUCCGUUGUUUACUUGGGUUUCACCCUUCGUUCUGGUCAAAGGUUACUGUCUCGGGGGCGUGUAGCUGCCAUUUUGGGCAUGCCCGCCCUGAGGGACCGCCGCGGGCUCCGGGAAUUCCUGGGGAUGGCUGGAUACUGUCGCCUCUGGAUCUUGGGGUUUGCCGAGGCUGCCAAACCCCUAUAUGAGGCCCUAACUGGUGAACCCACCCAAUUUGUUUGGGGACCACGGCAGCAGGAAGCAUUCGACAAGCUCCGAAAGGCGCUGUCCAGCACGCCUGCCCUCUCCCUGCCAGACCUGUCCAAGCCCUUCCGCCUCUAUGUGUCUGAGUCUCGAGCUGUGGCCAAAGGGGUUCUGACCCAGCCCCUGGGGCCCUGGAAUCGUCCUGUUGCCUAUCUCUCCAAGCAGCUAGACCCUGUGGCUUCCGGGUGGCCCUCUUGCCUGCGAACUGUGGCGGCCGUUGCCGUCUUGGUUAGGGAAGUCGCAAAGCUCACUUUCGGGCAGCCUCUUGAGAUUUCAGCAUCACAUCAUCUGGAACAGCUUUUACAUUCCCCGCCGACAAGAUGGAUCUCAAAUUCAUGCCUGACUCAUUACCAAUCCUUACUCCUAGAUCCCGCGCGCAUCUCUUUCGCUCCUCCGUUCACACUCAACCCGGCCACCCUGCUCCCUGACUCCCCUCCUUCCUCCCCUAUACAUGACUGCCUGGACACACUGGACUCCAUCCACACGUCCCGCCCUGGACUUACUGAUGUUCCUUUAACAAACCCAGACCUAGUGCUCUUCACGGACGGCAGCAGUUUUGUUCAGGAGGGGAUCCGUAGGGCGGGUGCAGCCGUGGUCACUCCGGUUGAGACCCUCUGGGAGACCGCUCUACCCCCUGGCACAUCUGCUCAACGUGCUGAACUCAUUGCCUUAACUCAAGCCCUUAGACUCUCUGCAGGGAGGCGAGUAAAUAUUUACACAGAUAGCCGCUAUGCCUUUGCCACUGUUCAUGUCCAUGGAUAUGUAUAUCUCCAAUGGGGUCUGUUAACCUCGGCGGGAAGGGAGAUUAGGAACAAGAGUCAGAUCCAGGAACUGCUGGAUGCUGUCUGGCUUCCCAAGGAGGUGGCGGUAAUUCAUGUUCCUGCUCACACCCAUGGAACUGACCCCCAGUCUCUAGGGAACGCAGCAGCGGAUAAGGCUGCCCGAGUGGCUGCCUGCAAACCCUUGAUACCCGCUAUGGUCGUGGAACCUGAGGGGAUGCUGCCUGUCCAACCAUCUUAUCAAUCUAGUGAUACGGAUGGCACCCCUGAAAAGGGGGGAUGGAGAAGACACCCAAAUGGCUUGCUAAUUCUGCCCAAGGCACUGUUGCUACCCCUGUUGAUGACUCUUCAUAGCCUUACCCACUUAGGCGGAACCCGGCUUUACGACCUGGUGAGCCGACACUUCUACAGCCCUGGGAUGAAGCAGGCGGCCAAGGAAGCCGCAAGAAGGUGCCUUGCAUGUGCCAAAGUCAACCCACGAUCACAAUCAAGGAUACCGACUGAUAGACCACGAGGAACAUUUCCUGGCGACCAUUGGGAAGUAGACUUUACUGACAUGGGAACUGGGUUGGGAGGGUACCGUUUUCUCCUUGUAUUCGUGGACACAUUUUCUGGAUGGCCAGAAGCAUUUCCAGUCAAAACUGAAACUGCAACCGUAGUGGCCAAAAAGCUGUUCUUUGAACUUAUUCCUAGAUUUGGCCUGCCGGCCUCGAUAGGCUCUGACAACGGCCCAGUUGUAUCUGCAACAAUUCAAAGCCUAUCAAAGAUGCUGGGAUUGAAAUGGAAAUUGCACUGUGCAUAUAGGCCUCAAAGUUCAGGGCAGGUAGAGAGGAUGAAUAGAACUCUAAAGGAACACAUUGCUAAACUUAAAAUAGAAACUGGCGAUAGCUGGGUCAGUCUCCUUCCCUUCGCCCUCCUCCGGGCCCGGUGUACUCCCAAUUCCUCAACCCUCUCUUUAUCUCCAUACGAGAAUCUCUAUGGAGCCCCUCCUCCUAUUAUUCCAAGAGUAUCUGCAGCUAUUCCAGCCCCAGAUUUCACUAAUCCGACUCUUCUUAAGUCCUUCCAGGCUUUGCGUGAGGUCCAGAACGCUGUGCGCUCGGUCCUGAAAGCUGCGGGGAAAGAACCAGCCCCUGCAACCUCAUCGGACACCCUGUCACCGGGAGACUGGGUCCUCACUCGCAAGCUUCCAGCUGGACCAGCACUGGAACCACGGUGGACGGGCCCGUAUCAAAUUAUCCUCUGCAACCCCUCUGCCGUCAAGGUUGCUGGCCGCAAGGCAUGGAUACAUCGGUCACACAUCAAGAAGGCCCCAGAGCCCAACUCCACCGCCUGGACAGCAGAAGCAGUGUCCUACCUAAAGCUUCGACUCUCCAGAACUUGA